CCCUAUAAGCAGUACAACAUGCUGAACGCAGAUACCACCCGCAACCUCAUGAUCUGCUUCCUCUGGAUCAUGAAAAAUGCCGAUCAGAGCCUCAUUAGGAAGUGGAUUGCUGACCUACCUUCCAUGCAACUGAACAGGAUUCUAGACCUGCUUUUCAUCUGUGUCUCCUGUUUCGAGUACAAGGGAAAGCAGAGUUCUGACAAAGUCAGUAACCAAGUGCUGCAGAAGUCGAGGGAUGUCAAAGCCAGACUGGAAGAGGCCCUGCUCCGUGGAGAAGGGGCCCGAGGGGAGAUGAUGCGCCGUCGUACUCCAGGGAAUGACCGAUUUCCAGGCCUAAAUGAAAAUUUGAGAUGGAGGAAAGAGCAGACACAUUGGCGGCAAGCUAAUGAGAAGCUAGAUAAAACAAAGGCAGAAUUAGAUCAAGAAGCCUUGAUUAGUGGCAAUUUGGCUACAGAAGCAAAUUUAAUCAUCCUGGAUAUGCAGGAAAACAUUAUCCAGGCAAGUUCAGCCCUGGACUGUAAAGACAGCCUGCUGGGAGGUGUCCUGCGAGUCCUGGUGAAUUCUCUGAGCUGUGAUCAGAGCACCACCUACCUGACUCACUGCUUUGCAACACUUCGAGCCCUCAUUGCCAAGUUCAGAGACUUGUUGUUUGAGGAGGAGGUGGAGCAGUGUGCGGACCUGUGUCAGCGAGUGCUGCACCACUGCAGCAGCAGCAUAGACGUCACGCGGAGCCAAGCCUGUGCCACCCUCUACCUCCUCAUGCGCUUCAGUUUUGGAGCCACCAGUAACCUCGCGAGAGUAAAGAUGCAAGUAACCAUGUCUCUGGCAUCUUUGGUGGGCAAAGCACCAGACUUUAAUGAAGAGCACCUGAGAAGAUCCUUGAGGACAAUUCUAGCCUAUUCAGAAGAGGACACGGCCAUGCAGACCACUCCUUUUCCCAUCCAGGUGGAGGAACUUCUCUGCAAUCUGAAUAGCAUUUUAUAUGACACUGUGAAAAUGAGGGAAUUUCAGGAAGAUCCUGAGAUGCUCAUGGAUCUCAUGUACAGAAUUGCCAAGAGCUACCAGGCGUCUCCUGACCUGUGGCUGACCUGGCUCCAGAACAUGGCAGAGAAGCACAUGAAGAGGAGGUGCUUCACAGAGGCUGCCAUGUGCCUUGUGCACGCGGCUGCCUUGGUGGCCGAGUAUCUGAGCAUGCUGGAGGAUCACAGCUACCUGCCGGUGGGCAGCGUCAACUUUCAGAAUAUUUCUUCUAACAUCCUGGAGGAGUCUGCCGUCUCUGAUGAUACCUUGUCACCCGAUGAGGACAGAGUGUGCUCUGGUCAGUACUUUACAGAGAGUGGACUUGUGGGCCUCCUGGAACAGGCUGCAGAGCUCUUCAGCACGGGAGGCUUGUAUGAGACGGUUAAUGAGGUCUACAAGCUGGUCAUCCCCAUCCUGGAAGCGCAUCGGGACUUCCGGAAGCUGGCCUCUACACACGACAAGCUGCAGAAGGCCUUUGACCACAUCAUCAACAAGGAUCAGAAGAGAAUGUUUGGAACUUACUUCCGAGUUGGUUUCUGUGGUUCCAAAUUUGGGGAUUUGGAUGAGCAAGAAUUUGUUUACAAGGAGCCUGCAAUUACUAAGCUUCCCGAGAUCUCACAUAGACUAGAGGGAUUUUAUGGUCAGUGUUUUGGUACAGAAUUUGUGGAAGUGAUAAAAGACUCCACUCCUGUGGACAAAACCAAACUGGAUCCCAACAAGGCCUACAUACAGAUCACAUUUGUUGAGCCCUACUUUGAUGGGUAUGAGAUGAAAGACAGGGUGACCUACUUCGAGAAGAAUUUCAACCUUCGGAGGUUCAUGUACACCACUCCCUUCACCCUGGAGGGGCGGCCUCGGGGAGAGCUACAUGAGCAGUACCAGAGGAACACUGUCCUCACCACCAUGCAUGCCUUCCCCUACAUCAAGACCAGGAUCCGAGUCAUCCAAAAGGAGGAG